CCUAAUAAAGCCUAGAAAGCAAAUACCAAAUGUGAGCUGAGAGCUACUCACUAUAUCAACAGCAACAUGUGGAUGAGACGCGCUCAAGUUUCCUGAUCACAGCGACUGACUGAACAAAGCGGCGCGAGCGCGAGUCCAAACAUGACGCUGAGUGGAUUAUUACCCUUGCUAUUAGUAUUAUGAGUGGCCAUGGCGUGGUGUGACCGUGGGAAUCAGAUGCUGCUGGCCACCGUCGGGGCUUUUGUGGCGUUUAGUUUGAUGAGCAUCGCUAUCGGGACCGACUACUGGCUUUAUUCUCGGGCUUAUAUCUGUAACGCCACCAACAUCAGCACGGACGACACGCAGACGCAACCCAAGAAGGUCCGCGGAGAUCUCACACACUCCGGGCUCUGGAGGAUCUGCUGUAUAGAGGGUAUCAACAAAGGAAGUUGUUACCGAAUCAAUCAUUUCCCAGAUGAUAAUGAUUAUGACACAGACAGCUCUGAGUAUCUCUUGCGUAUUGUGCGCGCCUCCAGUGUGUUCCCCAUCCUCAGUACCAUUCUGCUGUUGCUGGGAGGGCUGUGUGUCGGGGUGGGACGCAUCUACAUCAAGUGGAACAACAUAUUACUCUGCGCAGGGAUACUGUUUGUGGCAGCAGGUUUGAGCAACAUCAUCGGUAUAAUUGUCUACAUCUCCAGCAACGCCGGUGACCCCAGUGACAAUCGUGACGAAGACAAAAAGAGCCUCUAUUACUACGGUUGGUCGUUCUAUUUUGGAGCGCUCUCCUUCAUUGUGGCUGAGGCGGUUGCCGUUCUGGCUGUCAGUAUCUACAUUGAGAAGAGCAAAGAAGUACGGUUCAAAGCACACCGCGAGUUCAUCAAGGCUACCUUGUCCUCUUCGCCGUAUUCCCGCAUACCCAGCUUUCGCUACCGCCGACGGCACUCACACUCCAGUUCUCACUCCACCGAAGCAUCCCGUGAGGCGUCACCCGUGGGCAUGAAGAUGAUGAGCUCGGUCCCUGUAGGAGAGAUCAACAUGUACACAUUGACAAGAGAUCCCCUUAAGUCAGGAACGGACAGCUCCUACAGCCCUGACCACGAUUCUGGAUUCCUCCAAGUGCACAACUGCUUUCCCAAAGACCUUAAUGAUGGUAUCAACAGGAGGACAACACCUGUAUGAGGACACACACUAGAACGGGAGAGAUCAAGUUAAGGCCAUACUGAAUGGAUAGCCAGUGGGGCUCAGUGGUCUGUGGCAGGUGCCAGAGGAAGCGAUACUCGUUGAUGAAGCCGGUCGACCAAUGACGUCGGUCAUCGGUGAAGGAGAAGCACUGUGUAAAAGAAGAAAGGAUUUGAUCUCGACAUUCAAAAAUCAUUGCAAACGCGCUAAUUUGUUUUUCUUGUUGUGUUGUUCCUCACAUAUAAACAAGAACUCUCAGAGAGACCCAUCUCUCAUCAAAGGGCAAGACAGGCAAAUGUAAAAUGGAUAAUCUUUUGACGAUAAGGUGCAGUGAUUCAGAUAUUACCUUUGUGUAAGCCAGUCCGUUCCCUUGGUUGAGAGUAAAUAUCGGUACAGUGCCAUAUUCUCAAUGUUUACCAAUAUGAUAAUGACUCUCACUUUAUGAGAUGGUGCUAAAGUAGACUCACAGUUAAAGCCUUCCCAUCAUUAUGUGUUCAGUACAGACCCAAGUUGAAUAUUGAGCGCCCUUGUUUGUGUCAUAUGUUUGUAGCCACAGUUGUCUAGCUCUAUUCAGUGUGCCUAUCAUCUUGGCAGUGU